AUGGAGCCAAGCUUGCAAAGAGCUUUGGAAGGUGUGAGGGAUGAUGAGAAUUUGGCCAUCAACCUCAAGCUGAGCAAGGUGUGCCAGCUGUUGUCUGAGAAUGGGCUCCUGUUUAAGCAACACUUGGCACCCUCAUGCCUCACAGUGCACCCACAGAACAGAAGUGGGUUGAUGUUGAAUGCUUUUGAUGUGCAUGAGAAAGGGCUGCUGGCUUUAAAGAUGGGAUUCCAAGUGAGCAAAGUGUCUGAAUCAUUUUGCUUUGAAAUGAGCAGCAAGAAAGAAGAAAGGGACAAGCAAGUGGGUGCUAUGAGGGCUCUUGUCACAGCUUCAGAGAGGAAGUUGGCACCAGUGAAUGGUACUGAGAGGUUCAUGAGUGUAUCAUGCUCCCACAUCAGCCAGUUUCUCAAAGCUGUUGGGUGUGGUCAGUGUGUGACAGAGAAUGAAGAACUAGGUGAAAGCUUCCUGACAGUGGAGACCUUGGAAGCACAGUUCCCUUCAGAUCACCAUUUUCAAUCAAUGGUGAGGAAUGGAUGGCAGUGGCAUUGCAUCAAGAGUGAAGUGGAGGAGUGCUGCCCAUGGAUGCCACAGCUGCUUCAGGCAGCCUUGAACAGUGGAAAUGAAAUUUCCAAACAAUCCACAGAAAUGGAGAUUGCCUUGAGUCUGGCCUACACUUACAAGACAUCUGCCAGCAUGGAGAAUGCUUGUGCUGUGGUGAAAGCAGCCACAAGCUUGGGCUAUGUGGAUGCAAUCAGCAAAUGGGUGAGGCUGUAUGCAGGAGGUGAUGACUUCCCCCUGGUUCACCUCUUGGCUUCAAUCCAGAAGCUGUUCAACAGCAGCCACUUCUUGGGUGAAGAAUUCAUGGGCAGUGUUGCAAUGGCAGCAUUCAAGUCCAAAGAAACCACUUACCCAAUGGUCAGAGCUGCUUUGCUUGCAUGCAACUUGAGCAGCCCAAAGCAAGUGGAUGGUGUUGCCAAGCUUCUUGUCAAAGGGGAUGUUGAGAAGCUCAGGAGCCCACAGUACAAAGAGAAGAUGAAUGGUGCAGAGAGCAUCCUCAAGAUUUGCUUUGAGCAGGUGCAAGGGUCAGAGAAUGGUUUGAAACACAAAGACAAUGUCAUCCUCCUGGCAAAACUCUUCAUAAGGACUGCUUUGUGGCUGUGCAACAAAGAAGGCAAAGGGAGAGAGAGGAAAUGCUUUGGCUCCAUGGAAAGCAUCCAUGAAGCCUUCCAAGAAGAUGAAAAAUGUGGAAAGCUUGCAAAGGAAGAAGAGCCAGCUGAAGAGGGUGAAAGCCAGGACAAGGUUCUAUCCUUGCAUGACAACAUGGAUGCUGUAGUGAUUGCUCAGCACCAGUACCCUUGGCUUGUCAAAGGCAAGAACUAUAUGAAGAAGGACAGCAACCUCAUCCACCGGUUCAGUGGCAUGGGGGCUGAGACUGCCACCUUUGUGGUACAAGACAUCUAUGGUGUGGAAAGCAAUGUGGAGGUGAAACACAAAGAGCUGAAAGUAAUGAGGCCUACUGACAAGACUGUUCCAAAGAAGUUGGACAACAGUGCUGUGGCAAAACUCCAAGUGGGCAAAUCAACACAUUGGCUGCAAGAGCUUGCCAAAUCUGAGGUGCAAGCGGCUGUGCUCAACAACUGCAUGGAGGAAAGUGCUGUGGACCUCAGCAGCUUGCUGUUCUUUGAUGACAGCAAAAUCUUUACUAAGAAGCCCAUCAAGAAAGGUUUGGUUUCACUCCAGGUUUCACCUGACCUAGCCAUGGCCAGCUCUGGUUCUGGAGGGCAUGAUGCAGAGAUGGAGUUCUAUGAGGAGUGGGCAGCAGAACAAAGCCAGCUCCACAUGCUGCAGGAGGUAGCCAGCAAGUGUGUGCGUGACCAGAUGAACCAGUGGAGGGCGACCAUGGCUGAAGAGAGGGCCCAGAAGAGAUUGAAGGUGACACCACAAGUGGCAGUGGAGGAAAAGGAAGUGAAGAUGGAUGAGGUGAAGCCUUCUACUGGUGGAAAAGAGAAUACUGCAGGGGAGCAAAAGAAUGAGGUAAAGAUGAAUGAGGUGGAGCCUCCUUCACCCAUUUCGGUUGAAAAUGAGAAGGCAGUGGAGAAAAAAGGAUGA